AUGGCNCCGCCGGAAGACCGCGGCCGGCGAUCCAACAAAACAGGCACGACCCAUGUUGAGCUUGGGGCCCGGCAUGGCCAGCGGCGCUAUGGCGCACGAGCGGGACCACGCCGCCCCAAGGCCAGUUUCGGCGGCCGCCAGUCGCAGAGGCAAAGCCGGGCCUCUCCAGAAUGGAAAUUUUUUGGACCACCCAAGAAACAAAAGGGCUCUAAUCGUCGAUUGGGUGGGGUGCCCCUCCCCAAAACGCAAAAGAACGACCCGCACAAAGCGCCAUGGCAGGCGCUUAUGGGAGGGUGGUGGCUCUAA